UCAAAAUGGAUUUGUUUCCCUUUUCUCCGUCUCAGUUAGUCACGGAGAUGACCAGCUCAAGUCACCCCUGGUUCCGCCUCCUGAUUGGCUGGUGCUGCCUGUUGAGUUCAGCUCUUUUGAUAGUGACAGUAUAUCUUGCAAAUCUGCACAAAAAGUCAGACGUGACUGGAAACAAAGAGUCAAAUACAACAGAAAACAAUGGCAAAACUGAACAACGAAUAGAUUUCGUGCAUGAUCCAUCCGUCAUUGACUAUAUCCGUCUGAUUAGAGACAAAGAAAAGCACUGGAUAUGCCCUCAACCGUGUGAGAGCAACUUAGUCUCCCUGGAGAACAGCACUGUCAUAGUUAGAGACAGCGGGCUGUACUAUUUCCACGUCCAGGUCUACUUCCAACAGAUUCCUCAAACAAAUCAAGUACCGACUGUUACUUUGAUCAAAAACGGAAGCAAUGUAACAAACCCUAGAAGAUUAAGUGAGGUCAAGGGCAAUGGACCAGGAUCGUUGACAAUGAUCCAUCUGGUCAAGCUGUGCAAGGGAGAAAGCAUCAGCCUGAAUAUAAAUCAAAUCAACGACAUAUCAGGAAAUGAUUAUGAUACUUACUGGGAAAUUAUCUUGUUUAAUAACAAAUAAUAAGUCUGAAUUUUGUGCAAAGUGCAAUCAGGGUUUAAAUGAACAGAUUGAUUCUCCUUAAAGAAUUACAAGACUCACAUUUCAAUUUCUGAGUGUCUGUCACCUCGUUUUAUGUCAAGUGAUUCUCCCAAAGGAUUAAAAUUGUCUGUAUUUAUAUUUACCAAAGUAACUGGUAAAAGAUGUUUGUAUGGUUAGUUCUCAAGCCCAUUAUGGGUUUCAAAAAUAAUAUUUUGAUAUUUUUUUAUGUGUUUAAAAAUUUUAAGAGUUUUAUAUGACAUUUUAGAGAAAUGUUUUAAGAUUUAUUAUAUUAAAAUAUUUUUGAAGACAUUCCAAUUGAAAUUGUUUAUUGCUUAUUUGUGUAUAAUAUUUUAUUUUUAUUUAAUUUCUUUUUUAAGGGUUGUUAAUGUUCUAUAAACUGUUCUGGAAUUUCUUAAUUUAAUGCAAAAAUUAUGAUGAACAGUUGUCGACACAAACAUUUUGAAAUGAAUACAUUUUAAAAUAUAAUUUAUUUGUGAACUACAGUUGUUCUUUCUGUAAGCUAUAUCAAAAUAAAAGUCAGUUCACUGCAAUUCACAGUCUAUUCUUCAUUUUAAAGGUGCAAUAGUUGAUUGUCUUCAGAAAAUGUUUUUGUUAUGCUGGCUGAAAGUCUCUUCACAUCCCUAUAGCUAUCAUUAAGUUAAGUGGUCUAAAUGUAUUUAUCUGUAUUUAUACAUUCUGUGGAAGGCAUAGGACCAAUACAUUUAGUUUUAUUGUAUUGCAGUGAUGUCCCAGAGCUAAUUUUACACAAUGAUU